AUGGGUGACAAAGACAAACUGAUUUCUGACGAGCCUAUCGAAGAUGACGUUCGAUCGGUUUCCUCAAAAAAAAUCCGAAACGAGGAGCCAAACCUGAGAGGUCCCUGGUAUUUGGAAGGUGGUUUUCUACUGUUCUGGGCACUCCUGUUCGCGGCUGUGGUUUUGCCACUCUUUUAUAGCAUUCCCAGAGGUUUGACCAUCGAGGAUGCCAACAAGGGCGUCUUCAUCGCCGAGCGGGCCCAAAACAAUCUUUACAAACUAGCCGAAAUCGGAACCAAAGUAGUUGGCAGUGAUAACAAUGAGAACAAAACGGUUGACUACCUGUUGGGUCUAGUGUCGCAGAUACAGGAGAAUUGCCUGGACGACUACUUCGACGUCGAAGUCGAUUUGCAAGUGGUCUCGGGAGCCUAUAUUCAUUGGACCAUGGUCAAUAAGUACCAGGGAGUGCAGAACAUUGUCAUCAAACUGAGUCCCAAGAAUACGACGAGUACCACUUACCUGCUAGUCAACAGUCACUUUGAUUCCAAGCCGACGAGUCCAUCUGCCGGCGAUGCUGGUCAGAUGGUGGUCGCCAUCCUGGAGGUCUUUCAAGUGAUGUGCACCACCAAGCAAAACAUCAGACAUCCAGUCAUCUUCCUACUAAACGGAGCCGAGGAAAAUCCUCUGCAAGCUUCGCAUGGCUUCAUUACCCAACACAAAUGGGCUCCAUACUGCAAGGUGGUUCUCAAUUUGGAUGCUGCUGGCAAUGGCGGCAAAGAUAUAGUGUUCCAAACUGGGCCUAAUAGCCCCUGGCUCGUCGAAACAUACAAAAGUAGUGCUAAGCACUACCUGGCUACCACAAUGGCUGAGGAAAUCUUCCAAACUGGAAUCCUGCCCUCGGAUACUGACUUUGGCAUCUUUGUAACUUAUGGAAAUCUUAUUGGUUUGGACACGGCCAAGUUCAUCAACGGUUUCGCCUAUCAUACCAAGUAUGAUCAAUUCUCCAACAUUCCCAGAGGUUCCAUACAGAACACGGGCGAUAAUCUGCUUGGUCUGGUGCGAUCCAUUGCUAAUUCCACGGAACUGGAUAACACAGCUGCUUAUGAGACGGGACAUGCCAUCUUCUUCGAUGUCCUGGGACUGUACUUCAUUAACUACACGGAGAGCAAUGGCGUGAUUCUAAAUUAUGCCGUGGCUGGAGUAGCACUUGUCCUGAUUUUCCUAUCCAUUUGGCGCACUGCUAGCAUUUCCGAUGUAUCCCUUGGAUACGUUCUCUGCUGGUUCAUUUUGAUCCUUGUACUGCAGAUUAUUGCCUUUGUACUGGGUAUCGGCCUGCCCAUAGUAGUAGCCUAUGUGUUCGAUAAGUACGGACUAUCCCUCACUUACUUCAGCACUCCGGCCCUGUUGAUCGGCCUCUACAUUUGCCCGAGUCUCUUGGGACUGAGCCUGCCAUCGUACUUUUACCUGAAGUUGCAAAAAAAUAAUAAGGUUGCAUUUGCCCAGCAACUGCAACUGGUUCUCCAUGGACACGCCACAGUGCUGGCUCUUCUGGGCAUUGGAUUGACCGUCUAUGGUCUGCGUAGUGCCUAUGUGACCACCUGGACACUCAUCUUCUACGCCAUUCCCUUGGCCAUUAAUCUGCUGACUACUCUGCACGAUCGCGGCUUCUCGUGGACUGGUGUGCUCAAGAUAUUCCAAGUCGUUCCGUUCCUGUACAAUAGCUAUUUGAUUUACUGUUUCAUCGUGACUCUGAUACCCAUGAUGGGUCGUUUCGGCAGAGCAACCAACCCGGAUUUGAUUAUUUCGGCUUUGUGUGCUUUGGGAACCGUUUUGGCAUUGAGCUUCGUGAUACCCCUAAUUAACAUGUUCCGACGCCCCAGCAUGAUCCUGUUCGCCUUGUUGGCCAUCAGUGCUGUGACCAUGUACACGGCUUCCUCCACUCAGAUUGGUUUUCCCUACAGACCAAGGACCAAUGUUCAGCGACUGCCCUACCUGCAUGUACGACGAAUCUUCUACGAGUACGAUGGCACGGUUGUGAAGGAUGACUCCGGCUAUUUGUUCAACUUCCAGGAUCGUCGGGGAGCAGCUCCCCUCAAGCUCUCCACGUUGAACAUGACUGGAUUGGUCAGCAUUGCUACGGACUGCACUACGGUUAUGAUGUGCGGAUAUCCUCUAUAUGAUCACCGAUGGGUGAAGAAUCGUCUGCAGAUAAUGUGGCUACCACGAGAAGAACAAAUUGUUCCUCCCUCUGAGCCGAAACUUGAGCUUUUGGCCAAAACGGAAGUGGGAAACAAUACAGUGCGCUUGGAUUUCCGGGCAAACACUACAGAUCACGCCAGUGUUUUCAUCCAGCCCUAUGAAGAUGUUUCCAUUGUAAACUGGACCCUACCUCUGAGUUACAUUGGCCAACAGACGGCCUCCCAUCUUUAUUUCUCAUAUGGCAAGGACAACUCGCCAUUGACUUUCUCUGUUGACUUUUAUAAACUCGAUGAUGACUUCGAAGUACCUUUGGGCCAGUUCGGAUUGUCCAUCCAUUGGAUUGGCAACGAAGGCGAUACAAUAAGUCAAACUUUUGCCCAGAAGAUCCCAUCAUUUGCUGCCCGAGUUGACUGGCCAGCUUUCUACCAGCGGUACAUUUUCUAA